CAGUACUAGGAGCCUUCCUGUUCGCUCCUCUGUCCCUCACUCUGGAGCCUUCAGCUAAGCUCUGGGGACUGGGGCCCCAGCCCAGGACUGGCACCGUCCAGGCACCCUCCUCACCUGAGGGGCACAGGGAGACCCUGUGGCCACCUCAUCCCUACAGUGCAUCUUAACGGGUCGGCUUGGCGCCUAUGCCGGCUGAGCCUGCUCUUGUUGGGACCUGCCCAUUGCUGGUGCUGACCCAGGGGAACAGGAAGCGCCCUACACAGCGGGGCAAGCAGAGCAGCUAGGGCGGGCUGCAAGCGCCUGGCUCCCUGGAGCUGAGGAUCCUUGAUUGGGGAGCUUUUCACCAUGACGCUUGUCCUGCUGGGUCUAGCCAUGGUAUUGCUCCACCGUGCAGCCUGUGAGAAGCCCCUAGAAGAAACCAUCACCCCCCUGACUUGGCGCUUCACGCACUCCCUGUACAAUGCCACCAUUUAUGAAAACUCUGCCCCCAAGACCUAUGUGGAGAGCCCGGUGAAGAUGGGCAUGUAUCUGGCAGAGCCCCACUGGGUGGUGAAGUACCGGAUCAUCUCCGGAGAUGCGGCUGGAGUAUUUAAGACUGAGGAGCACGUGGUGGGCAACUUCUGCUUUCUGAGAAUAAGGACCAAGAGCAGCAACACGGCACUUCUCAACAGGGAGGUGCGAGACAGCUACACGCUCGUCGUGCAAGCCUCAGACAAGAGUCUGGAGUUUGAAGCGCUAACCCAAGUGGUGGUCCACAUCCUGGACCAGAAUGACCUGAAGCCGCUCUUUUCCCCACCUUCCUACAGAUUCACCAUCUCCGAGGACAGGCCCCUUAAAAGCCCCAUCUGCAAAGUCACUGCCACAGAUGCCGAUCUGGGCCAGAAUGCCGAGUUCUAUUACGCCUUUAAUGCCAGGUCAGAGGUGUUUGCCAUCCAUCCCACCAGUGGGGUGGUCACUGUGGCUGGGAAACUGAAUGUCACAUGGCGAGGGAAGUAUGAGCUCCAGGUGCUGGCUGUGGAUCGCAUGAGAAAAAUCUCAGAGGGCAAUGGGUUUGGCAACUUGGCUCCGUUGGUAAUUUAUGUGGAGCCUGUACACAGGAAACCCCCAGUUAUCACCUUAGUGGUCCUGAAUCCACCAGAGGGUGAUGAAGGUGACAUCUAUGCCACUGUCACAGUGGAUACAAAUGGAUCAGGAGCUGAAGUAGAUUCCCUGGAGGUGGUUGGUGGUGACCCUGGAAAGUACUUCAAAGUCUUCAAGUCCUACGCCCAAGGCAAUGAGUUCAAUUUGGUGGCAGUCAGGGACAUUAACUGGGCGGAACACCUUCAUGGCUUCAACAUCAGUCUCCAGACCCACAGUAGGAGCAGAUUUCCAUCCCGCUCGGUCAUCAGGGCUUUCCAUCUCCCACCAUACACGCUAGCCAACCUCAGAUUCGAGAAAGCCGUUUACAGAGUAAAGCUCAGCGAAUUUUCUCCUCCUGGAAGCCGCGUGGCAUUGGUGAGGGUCACCACAGCUCUCCCCACUUUGCGUUAUGCUCUAAAGCCAUCCUCAGGCAGCACAGUGUUCAAGUUGAAUGCUCGCACAGGCCUGAUCACCACCACGAAGCCUGUGGACUUCCAUGAGCAAAACCAGUACCAGCUCCAUGUUAAAACUUCCCUGGGUCAGGCCACCACCACCGUGAUCAUUGAUAUCGUGGACUGUAACAACCACGCCCCAGUCUUUAACAGAUCAUCCUACGAAGGUACCUUGGAUGAGAACAUCCCUCCUGGUACCAGUGUUUUGACUGUGACAGCCACAGACCAGGACCACGGGGACAAUGGACACAUCACCUAUUCCAUUGCUGGCCCCAAAGCUGUGCCAUUCUCCAUUGACCCUUACCUGGGGGUCAUCUCCACCACCAAACCCAUGGACUAUGAACUCAUGAAGAGAAUUUAUACCUUCCGGGUCCGAGCGUCAGACUGGGGGUCCCCUUUUCGCCAGGAGAAGGAGGUGUCCGUCUCUCUGAGGCUCAAGAAUUUGAAUGACAACCAGCCUAUGUUUGAGGAAGUCAACUGCACUGUGUCUCUCCGUCAAGAUGCGCAGGUUGGGAAAUCGAUAAUGGCUGUGUCUGCAAUAGACAUGGAUGAACUUCAGAACCUAAAAUAUGAAAUCGUGUCUGGCAACGAACAAGACUAUUUCCAUCUCAACCAUUUCUCGGGAGUGAUAUCUCUCAAACGCUCUUUCAUGAAUCUCACUGCUGUUCGGCCCACCGUCUAUUCUCUGAAGAUUACAGCCUCUGAUGGAAAGAACUAUGCCUCCCCCACAACUCUGAAAGUUACUGUGGUGAAAGACCCUCGCUCCGAGGUCCCGGUACAGUGUGAUAAAACAGGAGUGCUGACCCAUAUCACAAAGACCAUCCUCCAGUCUGCUGGGCUUCAGGGCCAAGAGUUGGGUGAAGAAGACUUCACCUCCCUUGGCAACUAUCAGAGCAACAAUCAUGCUCCCCAGUUUGAGGACCACUUCCCCCAGUCCAUUGACAUUCUGGAGCAGGUUCCCAUCAACACCCCCUUGGCCCACCUGGCAGCCACUGAUCCAGAUCCUGGCUUUCAUGGAAGACUGGUUUAUGUGAUCGCAGAUGGCAAUGAGGAAGGUUGUUUUGACAUUGAGCUGGAGACUGGGCUGCUCACGGUGGCAGCAGCCUUGGAUUAUGAGACCACCAGCUUCUAUGUCCUCAAUGUGACCGUGUAUGACCUGGGCACUCCUCCGAAGUCCUCCUGGAAGUUGUUGACAGUGACUGUGAAAGACUGGAAUGAUAACCCACCCAGGUUUCCUCCAGGUGGAUACCAGCUCACCAUUUCUGAGGACACUGAAGUUGGAACCACUGUUGCAGAGCUGAAGACAAGGGACGCCGACUCAGAGGACAACGGGAGGGUUCGCUACACCCUACUGACCCCUACAGAGAAGUUCUCUCUCCAUCCACUCACUGGGGAGUUGGUUGUAACAGGACAGCUUGACAGGGAAUCAGAGCCUCAGUACAUACUCAAGGCAGAGGCCAGGGACCAGCCCACGAAGGGCCACCAGCUCUUCUCUGUCACCGACGUGAUAGUAACAUUGAAGGAUAUCAAUGACAACCCUCCCCAGUGUAUCACAGAGCACAGUAGCCUGAAGGUGCCAGAGGACAUGCCCCUUGGGACAGUCUUGACAUUCCUAGAUGCCUCUGACCCUGACCUGGGCCCUGCAGGUGAAGUGAAAUAUAUCUUGGUGGAUGAUGUCCAUGGAACCUUCCGGGUGGACCCGAUGACUGGCGCUCUGAGUCUGGAAAAAGAGUUGGACUUUGAGAGGCGGGAUGGUUACAAUCUGAGCUUUUGGGCCAGUGACAGUGGGAGGCCUCUAGCCCGCAGGACCCUCUGCCACGUAGAAGUGUUAGUCAUGGAUGUAAAUGAGAAUCUCCACUCUCCCCACUUUUCAUCCUUUGUAUACCAGGGCCGGGUGCAGGAGAACAGCCCUGCAGGGACCCAGGUGAUGGUAGUCACAGCUCAGGAUGAUGACAGUGGCUUGGAUGGAGAGCUCCAGUACUUCCUACGGGCUGGCACUGGCCUGGAAGCCUUCAGCAUCAACCAAGACACAGGAAUGCUCGAGACUCUGGCACCUCUGGACCGAGAAUUCACACCCUACUACUGGUUGACGGUGUUAGCUGUGGACAGAGGCUCCGUUCCCCUCUCUGCUGUCACUGAAGUCUACAUUGAGGUUAUAGACAUCAAUGACAACAUUCCCUCCAUGUCUAGACCUGUGUUCUACCCCUCUGUCCAGGAAGAUGCCCCCUUGGGUACCUCUGUGCUUCAGCUGGAGGCCUGGGACCCAGACUUCAGCUCUCAAGGGAAGCUGACCUUCAACCUCACCAGUGGGAACCACAUGGGACAUUUCAUCGUUCAUCCAUUCACAGGAAGGUUGAGAACCACUGCUCUAGAAGCAGCACAGGAGCUCACACAUCGUUUUGUCUUACAGGUGACUGUGCAGGACAACGGGGACCCGCCACUAAGGUCCACCUCCAGGGUGGUGGUGUGUGUCUUGGAUGUCAAUGACAACUCACCCAUGUUCUCCCACAAGCUCUUUAAUGUCCGCCUUUCGGAAAGACUGAGCCCCCUCUCCCCGGAGCCUGUGUACAGGCUGGUGGCUUCAGAUCCUGAUGAAGGUCUCAACGGCAGCAUCACCUACAGCAUUGAGGAAAGUGAUGAGGAGAGCUUCAGAAUCGACCCUGUCACAGGAGUUGUAUCUUCUAGCAGCACCUUCGCAGCCGGAGAGUACAACAUCCUAACGAUCAAGGCAACAGACAGUGGGCAGCCAGCACUCUCUACCAGUGUCCGGCUACACAUCGAAUGGAUUCCCCAGCCUCGGCCAUCCUCCAUCCCACUGUCCUUUGAUGAGUCCCACUACAGCUUUGCAGUCAUGGAGACAGACCCUGUGAACCACAUGCUGGGAGUCAUCAGUGUAGAGGGACGACCUGGCCUCUUCUGGUUCCACAUCUCAGAUGGGGAUAAGGACAUGGACUUUGACAUUGAGAAGACCACGGGAAGCAUUGUGAUAGCCAGACCUCUUGAUACAAGGAGAAAGUCUAGCUAUAACUUGACUGUGGAGGUGACAGAUGGGUUCCACACCAUUGCCACUCAGGUCCACAUCCUUAUGAUCGCCAACAUCAACCACCACCGGCCUCAGUUCCUGCAGGAUCAUUAUGACGUCAGGGUCCCCCAGGACACACUGCCUGGGGUUGAACUCCUCCAAGUCCAAGCCACAGAUCAAGACCACGGCAAGGGCCUCAUCUAUACCAUCCACAGCAGUCGGGACCCUGGAAGUGCCAACCUCUUCCAGCUGGAUCCAAGCAGUGGAGUGUUGGUGACAGUGGGGACAUUGGACCUGCACUCCGGGCCCUCUCAGCACAUUCUGACAGUUAUGGUGCGAGACCAAGAGAUGCCCAUCAAGAGGAACUUCGUGUGGGUGACCAUUCAUGUGGAGGAUGGAAAUCUCCACUCACCUCACUUCACUCAACCUCGUUAUGAGGCAAAUGUUCCUGACACCACCGCCCCUGGCACAGAGCUCCUGCAGGUCCGAGCUGUGGAUGCUGACCGGGGAGCCAACGCUGAAGUCCACUAUUCCUUCCUAAAAGGGAACAGUGAAGGUUUUUUCAACAUUGACUCCCUCCUGGGCAUCAUCACAGUAGCCCAGAGACUUGAUCACGUCCAUCUCAAUAGGCACGCAUUAACCGUGAAGGCGGAAGACCAAGGCUCCCCACAGCGGCAUGACCUGGCUAUGGUGGUCGUUCAUGUCCACCCCUCCGACAGCAGUGCUCCCAUUUUUUCAAAAGAUGAGUAUUUCAUAGAGAUUCCAGAAUCGGUCCCCAUUGGUUCCCCGAUCCUCCUCAUCUCUGCUGCCAGCUCCUCUGAAGUCACCUAUGAGUUAAGAGAGGGGAACAAGAACAGUGUAUUCUCCAUGAACUCCUAUUCUGGCCUCAUCUCCACUCAGAAAUGCUUAGACCAUGAGAAAGUCUCAUCAUACCAACUGAAAAUCCGAGGCAGCAACAUGGCUGGCGUGUUCACAGAGGUGGUGGCACUUGUCUACAUCAUUGAUGAGAACGACAACGCUCCUGCAUUCCUAAAGUCAACUUUCAUGGGGCACAUCAGUGAGGCAGCUCCUCUGCACAGCCUGAUCCUGGGUGAAGACAACAGCCCCUUAGUGAUCCGUGCCUCAGACAGUGACCAGGAAGCUAAUUCCUUGUUGGUCUAUAAAAUCUUGGAACCAGAGGCCUUAAAGUUUUUCAAAAUCGACCCCAGCAUGGGAACCAUAACAAUCACAUCAGAGCUGGAUUAUGAGACUACACCCUUGUUCCAGUUCAGCAUCUAUGUCCAUGACCAAGGCACACCCAUCUUAUUUGCACCCAGAUCUGCCAGGGUUAUCAUCCAUGUCCGAGAUGUGAAUGACUCUCCUCCCAGGUUCUCAGAGCAGAUAUACGAAGUGGCGGUGGUAGAACCCAUCCACCCUGGCAUGGAACUCCUCACAGUGCAGGCCGAGGAUAAUGACUCAAAAGUCACCUACAGCAUCAAAACUAGCAACGCUGAUGAAGCUGUUACUAUUCAUCCCAUCACGGGCCAGAUAUCUGUGGUUAAUCCUGCUGCUCUGAGGCUUUUCCCAAAGCUCAAUAUUAGGGCUUUUGAUGGUCUGUAUCAAGAUACUGCAGCGGUAAAAAUAUCUUUGACCCAAGCCCUUGAUAAAAGCUUACAUUUUGAUCAGGAUAUCUACAGGGCAAAAGUGACGGAGAAUACACCACACAGUAAUGUGCUGGUAAUUCUUGGAGUCCAUGGAAACCAUUUGAAUGACACCCUUUCCUACUUCCUCUUGAAUGGCACAGACUUAUUUCACAUGGUCAAGUCAGCAGGUGUGCUGCAAACCAGAGGAGUGACAUUUGAUCGGGAGCAGCAGGACACUCACGAAGUGGCAGUGGAAGUGAGGGAUAACCGGGUCCCUCAGCGGGUGGCUCAGGCUCUUGUCAGGGUCUCUGUUGAAGAUGUCAAUGACAACAUUCCUGAGUUUCAGCAUCUGCCCUAUUAUACAGUCAUCCAAGAUGGCACCGAACCUGGGGAUGUCCUCUUUCAGGUAUCUGCCACUGAUAAGGAUUUGGGAGCCAAUGGGACUGUCACAUAUGGGUUUGCAGAAGAUUAUGCCUAUUUCCGGAUUGACCCCUAUGUUGGGGACAUAUCACUCAAGAAGCCCUUUGAUUAUCAAGCUUUGAAUAAGUAUCACCUCAGAGUCACUGCUCGGGAUGCAGGUACUCCGCCCCUCCAAACUGAGGUAGAGGUACACGUUACUGUCAGAAAUAAAUCCAACCCAUUGUUUCAGAGUCCAUACUACAAAGUGAAAGUCCCUGAAAAUAUCACACUCUAUACCCCAAUUCUCCACACACAGGCCCGGAGUCCAGAGGGCCUGAGGCUCAUCUAUAACAUUGUAGAGGAAGAGCCUUUGAUGUUGUUUACUACCGACUUUAAAACUGGAGUCCUCACGGUGACAGGACCUCUGGACUAUGAGUCUAAGAACAAACAUGUGUUCACAGUGAGAGCCACAGACACGGCUCUGGGGUCUUUUUCUGAAGCCACAGUGGAAGUCUUAGUUGAGGACAUUAAUGACAACCCUCCCACUUUUUCCCAGUUGGUAUAUUCUACUUCAGUUUCUGAGGGCUCACCUGCUCAGACUCCUGUAAUCCAACUGUUGGCUUCUGACCAAGACUCAGGACAGAACCAAGAUGUCUCCUAUCAGAUUGUAGAGGAUGGCUCAGAUGUUUCUAAGUUCUUCCGGAUCAAUGGGAGCACGGGGGAGAUGUUCACCAUCCAAGAGCUGGACUAUGAGGCUCACCAACACUUUCGCGUGAAGGUCAGGGCCACGGAUAGAGGAGAUCCCCCACUCACUGGUGAAACACUUGUGGUUGUCAAUGUGUCAGACAUCAAUGACAACCCCCCAGAGUUCAGAGAACCUCAAUACGAAGCCAAUGUCAGUGAGCUAGCAACCUGUGGCCACCUAGUUCUAAAAGUUCAAGCUCUUGACCCUGAUAUUGGGGACACCUCCCGCCUGGAGUACCUGAUUCUUUCUGGCAACCAGGACCGACAUUUCUCCAUCAAUAGCACAUCGGGAAUCAUUUCUAUGUUCAACCUUUGCAAAAAGCAGCUGGACUCAUCUUACAACUUGAGGGUAGGUGCUUCUGAUGGGGUCUUCCAAGCAACAGUGCCAGUAUAUAUCAACACUACCAAUGCCAACAAGUACAGCCCAGAGUUCCAGCAAAAUGUCUAUGAAGCCGAAUUAGCUGAGAACGCAAAAGUGGGGACAAAGGUGAUUGAGUUGCUAGCCAUAGACAAAGACAGUGGUCCCUAUGGUACAGUGGACUACACUAUCAUCAAUAAACUAGCUGGGGAAAGGUUCUUUAUAAAUCCCAGUGGUCAGAUCACUACCCUGCAGAAACUGGACCGGGAAAAUUCAACAGAAAGGGUGAUUGCUAUUAAGGUCAUGGCAAGGGAUGGAGGAGGGAAAGUGGCCUUCUGCACUGUGAAGAUCAUUCUCACUGAUGAAAAUGAUAAUGCCCCACAAUUCAAAGCAUCCGGGUACACUGUGUCCAUCCCAUCCAAUGUCAGCAGAGAUUCCCCCAUCAUCCAGGUACUGGCUUAUGAUGCAGACGAAGGUCGGAAUGCAGAUGUUACCUACUCAGUAGACUCGACCGAGGACCUUGCGGAAGAGAUCAUUGAAGUUAACCCAACCACCGGCGUGGUCAAGGUGAAGGAGAGCCUGGUAGGACUGGAAAACAAAGCUGUUGACUUCAACAUCAAAGCCCAGGAUGGUGGUCCUCCUCAUUGGGACUCUCUGGUACCAGUACGACUGCAGGUCGUUCCUAAUGAAAUCCCUUUGCCCAAGUUUUCUGAGCCUCUGUAUACUUUCUCUGCAUCUGAAGACCUUCCAGAAGGUUCUGAAAUCGGGUCUGUGAAAGCAGUAGCUGCUCAAGAUCCGAUCAUCUACAGUCUGGUUCAGGGUACCACUCCAGAGAGCAACAGUGAUGAUGUCUUCUCUUUGGACCAAGACACAGGAGUCCUAAAGGUGAAGAAAGCCAUGGACCAUGAGUCCACUAAGUGGUACCAGAUUGACCUGAUGGCACAUUGCCCUCACGAGGAUACUGACUUGGUGUCAUUGGUCUCUGUCAACAUUCAAGUGGAAGAUGUCAAUGACAACAGGCCUGUAUUUGAGGCUGAUCCAUAUAAGGCUUUCCUCACUGAGAAUAUGCCAGGAGGGACCACAGUCAUCCAGGUGACUGCCAAUGACCAGGACACUGGAAGUGAUGGGCAGGUGAGCUACAGGCUGUCAGUGGAGCCCGGUAGCAACAUCCAUCAACUCUUUGCUGUCGACAGUGAGAGCGGCUGGAUCACCACACUCCAAGAACUCGACUGUGAGACUCAGCAGACUUACCGUUUCUAUGUGGUGGCCUUUGACCAUGGACAGACCAUCCAGCUGUCCUCUCAGGCCCUGGUUGAGGUGUCCAUCACAGACGAGAAUGACAACCCCCCUCGGUUUGCUUCUGAAGACUAUAGAGGCUCUGUGGUGGAGAACAAUGAGCCUGGUGAACUUGUGGCUACUCUGAAGACGUUGGAUGCUGACAUCUCUGAGCAGAAUAGGCAGGUCACCUGCUAUAUCACAGAGGGAGACCCCCUGGGUCAGUUUAGCAUCAGUCAAGUUGGGGAUGAAUGGAGGAUCACCUCAAGGAAGACUCUGGACCGUGAGCACAUUGCCAAGUAUCUACUCAAAAUCACGGCGUCAGAUGGCAAGUUUCAGGCUUCGGUCCCCGUGGAGGUCUUCGUCCUGGACAUCAAUGAUAACAGCCCACAGUGCUCACAGCUUCUCUACACUGGCAAGGUCCGUGAGGACGUCGCCCCCGGACACUUCAUCUUGAAAGUUUCUGCCAUAGAUGUAGACAUGGACACCAAUGCUCAGAUCACAUACUCUCUGCAUGGAUCGGGGGCCCAGGAAUUCAAGCUGGACCCUCACACAGGGGAGCUGACCACACUAACAGUCCUGGACCGGGAAAGGAAGGAUGUAUACAACCUUGUUGCUAAGGCAACAGAUGGAGGGGGCCAGUCAUGCCAGGCAGAGGUGACUCUCCACAUUGAGGAUGUGAAUGACAACGCCCCGAGGUUCUUCCCAAGUCACUGUGCUGUGGCUGUCUUCGACAACACCACAGUUAAAACCCCUGUGGCUGUGGUCUUUGCCCGGGACCCUGAUCAGGGUGCCAACGCUCAGGUGGUAUACUCACUGACGGACUCUGCCGAUGGCCAGUUCUCCAUCGAUGCCACCUCAGGAGUGAUUCGCCUGGAGAAACCUCUGCAGGUCAGAUCAAGCUCGGCUGUGGAGCUCACGGUCCGUGCCUCAGACCUAGGCACCCCAAUACCACUGUCCACGUUGGGCACUGUUACAGUCUCCGUCGUGGGCCUGGAGGACUACCUUCCCAUCUUCCUGAACUCGGAGCAUAGCACACAGGUGCCUGAGGAUGCUCUAAUAGACAUGGAGGUGCUACACCUGGCUACCCUCACACGUCCUGGAUCAGAGAAGACGGGUUACCACAUCACUGGAGGGAAUGAGCAGGGGAAGUUCCGACUGGAUGCCCACACAGGAAUCCUGUAUGUCAAUGGGAGCCUGGACUUUGAGACAAAUCCCAAGUACUUCCUGUCCAUUGAAUGCAGCCGGAAGAGCUCUUCCUCCCUUAGCGAUGUGACCACCAUCGUGAUUAAUGUCACCGAUGUUAAUGAACACCACCCCCGAUUCACCCAUGACCUGUACACUGUGAGGGUUUUAGAGAACGCCAUUGUAGGUGAUGUCAUCUUGACGGUGUCUGCAUCUGAUGACGAUGGACCUGUGAAUAGUGUCAUUACCUAUAGCUUGGUAGGAGGGAACCAGCUUGGACACUUCACCAUCGACCCUAAGAAAGGGAAGCUUCAGGUGGCCAAGGCGCUGGACUGGGAACAUACCCCCAGCUACUCCCUGAGGAUCCGAGCCACAGACAGUGGGCAGCCCCCAUUGCAUGAGGACACAGAAGUGGCUGUUGAAGUGGUUGAUGUCAAUGACAACCCACCCAGGUUCUUCCAGCUCAACUACAGCACUGCUGUCCAGGAGAACUCCCCCAUUGGCAUCAAAGUCCUGCAGCUGAUCCUGGAUGAUCCUGACUCCCCACAGAAUGGGCCUCCCUACUUCUUCCGGAUCACAGAGGGGAACACUGGGUCUGUGUUCCGGGUGACUCCAGAUGGCUGGCUGGUGACAGCUGGGAGCCUGAGCAGGAGAGCCCAGGAGUGGUAUCAGCUUCACAUUGAGGUGUCAGACAGUGGCCUCCCCCCCUUGUCAUCUUCCACGUUUGUCAGAGUACACGUCACGGAGCAGAGUCGCUACCCGCCCUCCACACUCCCACUGGAAAUCUUCAUCACAAAGGGGGAGGAGGAAUUUCAGGGUGGCAUGGUAGGUAAGAUCCAUGCCACCGACCGAGACCCUCAGGACACACUGACCUACAGCCUGGAUCAAGAGGGAAGCCUGGGCAAGUAUUUCACAGUGGGUGCAUCCGAUGGCAAGAUUAUUGCCUCUCAAGGACUGCCUCGUGGCCGAUACUUGUUUAAUGUCACAGUCAGUGAUGGGACCUUCACCACCAUCACUGGGGUCCACGUCCACGUGUGGCACAUGGGGCAGGAGGCUCCGCAGCAAGCUGUGUGGCUGGGCUUCCACCAGCUCACCCCCGAGGAGCUCGUGAGUGAUCACUGGCGCAACCUGCAGCGAUUCCUCAGCAAUAUCUUGGACAUCAAACGAGCCAACAUCCACUUGGCCAGCCUGCAGCCUGCAGAGGCCACAGCUGGGGUGGACAUGCUUCUGGCCUUUGAGGGGCAUUCUGGAACUUCCUAUGAUCUCCAGGAGCUGGCAUCUGCCAUAGCUCACUCAGCCAAAGAGAUGGAGCACUCGGUAGGAAUUCAGAUGAGGUCAGCUCUGCCCGUGGUACCAUGCCAAGGGCCAAGCUGCCAGGAUCAAACCUGCCAAGAGACAGUGUCCCUGGAGCCCAGAGUGGGGCCCUCUUACAGUACAGCCAGGCUCAGCAUCCUGACACCACGACACCACCUGGGGAAAAACUGUUCCUGCAAUGGUACCACCUGGAGGUUCAGUGGUCAGAGCUACAUGCGGUAUAGGCCCCUAGAGGCUCAGAACUGGCAGAUCCAUUUCUACCUGAAAACACUCCAGCCAUGGGCCCUUCUGAUGUUCACCAAUGAAACAGCCUCGAUUUCCUUGAAGCUGGCCAAUGGCUUCCUCCAUCUGGAAUACCACUGCCCUGGUGGUUUCUAUGGAAACCUUUCCUCCCGGCAUCCUGUGAAUGAUGGACAGUGGCACUCCAUGCUGUUGGAGGAGAGGGACACUUCUGUUCAUCUGUUGAUCGACAUCACAGACAACACUUCCCUUGUCAUCCCAGAGGAAUGUCAGGGUCUGAGGACUGAGAGACACCUACUGCUGGGUGGCCUUGUCCCCUCGAAUCCUUCCUCAAAUGUCUCCCUGGGGUUUGAAGGUUGCCUGGAUGCUGUUGUGGUUAACAGUGAGAGGUUAGAGCUGCUUGGCCAUAGAAAGAAGAUGGUGGGCCACCUAGAGACAUGGGCCCUCAGCCAGUGCUGCUGGCCUGGCACCGCCUGCAGCCAGAACCCGUGCCUCAAUGGUGGGAGCUGUUCACCUGCCCUUGGAUCAGGAUACCUGUGCAGGUGCCCGCCUCCAUUCUCUGGCAGGAACUGUGAACUUGGAAGGGAGAAUUGUACUUCUUCGCCCUGCCAAGAAGGUGGCACAUGUGUCUCCUCCCCUGAAGGCACUUCCUGUAACUGCCCUCACCCUUACACAGGUGACAGGUGUGAGAUGGAAGCAAGGGGUUGCUCUGGAGGACACUGUCUCAUCACUCCUGAGAUUAAGAGAGGGGACUGGGGACAGCAGGAGUUCCUGGUAAUCAUAGUAGCCUUACCUCUCCUCAUCAUUGCCACCGUGGGACUCCUCCUCUACUGCCGUCGCUGCAAGUCUCACAAGCCAGUGGCCAUGGAGGAUCCAGACCUCCUAGCCAGGAGCAUUGGUGUCGACACCCAAGCUUCUCCUGCCAUUGAGCUCGAUCCCCUUAACGCCGGCUCCUGCAACGACUUAAACCAACUGGAGCCCAGUAAGACCUCAGUUCCAAAUGAACUUGUCACCUUCGGACCUAGCUCCAAACAGAGGCCGAUGGUGUGCAGCGUGCCUCCCAGGCUCCCACCAGCUGUAGUCUCCUCCCACCCUGGCCACGAGCCCAUCAUCAAGAGAACCUGGUCAGGCGAGGAGCUGGUAUACCCAAGUGGAGCUGCAGUCUGGCCUCCAACUUACUCCCGGAAGGAGCAUUGGGAAUAUCCACAUCCUGAAGCAAUGCAGGGACCUCUGCCACCCUCUCCUCGACGUCAUGUUAGUCCCGCUGUGAUGCCAGAUCCUGCUGGGCUCUAUGGGGGCUUCCCUUUCCCCCUGGAACUGGAAAACAAGAGGGCACCCCUCCCACCCCGUUACAGCAACCAGAACCUGGAAGACCUGAUACCCCCACGGCCUCCCAGCCCCCGGGAACAUCUGCUUGCCCCCUGUCUCAAUGAGUAUACAGCUAUCAGCUACUACCAUUCACAGUUCCGCCAGGGAGGGGGUGGGCCAUGCCUGGCGGAGGGGGGAUAUAAGGGGGUGAGCAUGCGCCUCAGCAGAGCUGGGCCAUCCUAUGCUGACUGUGACGUGAAUGGUGGGCCUGCCCCAGGACGGAGCCAACCUCGAGCUCCUCCCAACUACGAGGGCUCAGAUAUGGUAGAGAGUGACUAUGGAAGUUGCGAGGAAGUCAUGUUCUAGCUUCCUGCUCUCGGAGGAAAGCAUGGGGGAAGCCCUGGCCCCACACUGUCUCCCAAUGUCAUGGGAAGUGAGUUGGGUGCAGCUGGGAGAAGAAGGGAAGCCAGCACAUCCCCAGCCCAGAUGUCCAUCUCUUAAAAUGUGCUCUUCAGGUCCCCAGCUUGUCCUUGAGGGUGGAGGGAAGCUGAAGGUAGAGCUGUAAAAAUGGCGGUAGGGCCCCAGAAAAGAGGAGGUGCCCAGACAGGUGCACACUGGGGUGAGAACUAGGAGGGUAAUCCCUCAGGUCCCCCAGCUCCUAGCCCCAGAAAGAAAGAGCUCCAACCACCAGCUCAGUGUGUCUGGCCACAUUCUUACAGCUUCUCACAGGCCAAUCAUGGGGCAGGCAGGUUUGUGCCCAGUUGGCAACCAUGCAUGCAUCUACUGUGAAGAAGAGACCAGGACCUUCUGAGAUCCAUGCUGUGGUCUCCUAAGGGGCUGAAGGGUAAGCAGCCUGUAAGCAGGUACUACAGUCACCUGAGUGUCUGCUUUUUGUGUACCUUUGGGACAUCUAUGCCACGUGUCGUGUGUCAGCAUUAUUCUGGGCACUGGCAACAAGAACAUUUUUGGAAGUUGAGUCACAUGGACUUCCAUCUUCUGGAAGUCUUCUUGUUGAAGCUUCAGGACUUGUUCCCCCUCUGCCGGUGGGAUCCUGCCUGAAACCUUCUGCGCGGAAGAAUUCAGAUCUCUCGGGAUACUGAGUAAUUGUCCCAAACUUCCCAGGCACUUUUAGCCAAGAGCAAGAAGGAUGUAGUUCAUUUGAAAACUUCUUAGGUACUUUUCAACCUUGCUGUCUGGAUGUGUUUUCCCAAGAGGGUUUCUUCUUGUUUAGACACAAGGACUUCAACUGCCAUCCAGGACCAGGUAGAGGUGGAGAUUCAGCCAGCAGAUCCAGGCCAGACACCCUGCCUUCUCCCUUCCCUUCAUCAGAGACGCCUGCCAAUCAAGUGUUACCCACACUGACUCAGCCCUAUGCAUGGAGGAUCAGUGUGGGCACAUGUCUGCACAUGUGGGCACCUACGGACCGUGUGCAUGUGCACAUGCGUAGAAAGUUAUGUAGCUGGGAGUGACAGAGACUGGAAGCCAGGGAGGCCUGUAGUGGCCUGAACACUCUGUCCUCUGCCAGUCCCUCUCUGGUCCUCUGCCUUUUCACGUGUGUGGUUUUAGAAGUUAGAAGUUGAGAGGAAGAGGCUCCCACCCACAGAGCUGUUCAGAGAGACUGCUGUGUGGGAGGGCGUAUUCGUCGGCCAUGUGUGACUGUGGGUGUGACUG